CUGCGGUUGCCAAAAUAAUAGGCAAUAAUGUAAAAAAAAUGCAGAAGUUUGCUUCCACAGUGAAGAUGUGGGUCUUCGAGGAGAAUAUUAAUGGGAGAAAACUGACGGAUAUCAUAAAUAGUGAACAUGAAAAUGUAAAAUAUCUCCCUGGACACAAGCUGCCAGAUAAUGUGGUUGCCAUUCCAAACCUUAAUGAAGCUGUGCAGGAUGCAGACUUGCUGGUUUUUGUGAUACCUCAUCAAUUCAUUCAUAAAAUCUGCGAUGAAAUCACAGGACGAGUACCCAAGAAAGCACUCGGUAUAACUCUCAUAAAGGGAAUAGAUGAAGGCCCGGAGGGACUCAAACUGAUCUCUGACAUAAUUCGAGAGAAGAUGGGAAUAGACAUCAGUGUGCUGAUGGGAGCUAACAUUGCCAAUGAGGUGGCAGCAGAGAAAUUCUGUGAAACCACAAUAGGCAGCAAAAUCUUGGAAAAUGGCCUUCUCUUCAAAGAACUCCUGCAGACUCCAAACUUCCGGAUAACUGUAGUAGAUGAUGCAGAUACAGUUGAGCUUUGUGGUGCUCUGAAGAAUAUAGUAGCAGUGGGAGCUGGGUUCUGUGAUGGCCUUUGCUGCGGUGACAAUACCAAAGCUGCUGUUAUUCGCCUUGGCCUAAUGGAGAUGAUUGCCUUUGCCAGAAUUUUUUGCAAAGGACAGGUGUCUACUGCCACUUUCCUGGAGAGCUGUGGAGUUGCUGAUCUCAUCACAACAUGUUACGGCGGCCGGAAUCGACGUGUAGCAGAAGCGUUCGUUAAAACCGGAAAGUCUAUUGAAGAAUUGGAGAACGAAAUGUUGAAUGGUCAAAAACUGCAAGGACCACAGACUUCUGCAGAAGUGUAUCGCAUCCUCAAGCAGAAAGGAUUGCUGGAAAAGUUUCCACUGUUCACUGCUGUGUAUCAGAUCUGCUAUGAAGGAAAGCCUGUCAGAGAGAUGAUAUCCUGCCUUCAGAGUCAUCCGGAGCACCUAUAAAAUCAAUCAGGCCAUCGUACUAAUGCAGCUUUCUGCCUUUCAAAUUUGUAUCCGGGUUCAAGUGGAUGUAUCAUUAAGCUUGGUUCAAAGCUGCUCGUUAGGCGACAGUAACAACAUGAAUGUGUCUGAGUGUGUGUCGGUUUUUGUUUUACAGCCUGCAGUGUUGUCUUGGUGAUUGUUGUUUUACUGGCUAAAAUACAACUCUUUUGAGAUGCGCAGUGCAAAAGUUGCACUAUAU